AAGGCCGCGAUGCAGCCCGCCACCUGGGACACGGGCUGCGACGUGGAGGACAGCGCCGCGGACAGCAGGACGGUGACCUCGAGGAAGUCUUUCAUCGCCCUCAUCGUGGCGGGCCGGCUAUACGCGGCGGACGACACGCGCGCGCCCUCGCGUGCGGCGGGCGUUUUGGCGGUGGACUUCGCCUGAUGCGAGCGAGCUAAUGGCCAUCCUUUCAGUCCAGGCGCGGAAGCGUCCGGGGUGUCUGAGGUGACGGCGCAAGAUCAAUGAUCGGGAGUGAGAUCUCAUUGUGGCACCAGCACUACGCUGCUGCGGACGCCUGCGAGCUAGGCCGCCCGCACCGCGUCGUCCUGUCCACCCUGUGCCUGGCAAUGCACCCGGUGGAGAUGGCGGCCGUGGCGGGGGUCCUGCUGGUCUCGGCCGUGCUGAACGCCGUCCUGGCCGUGGCCUACGAGUCCGUGGACACCGUGCCGGACUACGCCUCGUUCGGCCCGCUGUGGUCCGCCUACGUCCUCUCCAGCGACGGGACUCCCCGCAUCGACUUGAGCGCGUGGCGCCGGGACUUCAACCCUCUGCUGGACCUGGACCCGGUGGAACUCUCCCGGUACUGGGGCUACAACGCAGAGCUGCACCACGUGACCACGGACGACGGCUACAUCCUGGGCAUCCACCGCAUCACGGGACCUUCGAGGGGCGCAAGAACCUCGGAAUCUGGCAAUGAGCUGGGCAGGGGCAGGGGGCAACAGAGACCCGUAGUGAUCAUGGCGCACCCCCUUCUGCCCUGCUCCGCCGAGUGGAUCGUCCUCGGCCCCGGCAAGGCGUUAGCGUACCUCCUGGCCGAUGAGGGUUUCGACGUGUGGCUCUUCAACGCGCGGGGCAACACGUACUCACUGAACCACACGACGCUCGACACCAAGUCUGCCGCUUUCUGGGACUUUUCGUUCCAUGAGCACGGGACGCAGGACCUACCGGCCCUCAUCCAGUACGCGAUGCGCGAGACGGGCGAGCGGCGGGUGCAGUACGUGGGCUUCUCCAUGGGCACCACCAUGAUGUUCGUCAUGGCCGCGGAGCGCCCGGACGUGGCCAGGCACGUGCAGCUCUUCACCGGCUUCGGCCCCGUCAUGCACGUCAUGAACGUCCGAUCGGCCCUCUUCCGCCUCGUGCUCCAGACCAACCCGACGCGCAUGCGGAACGCCGCCGCGCACGGUGUGUAUUGGCUCCUGCCCACCUCAGCGGCGAUCCGCACGGCCGGCGAGAUCUUCUGUUCGGACGGCAGCCCGACGCAGCCGCUGUGCGUGCUGCUCAUCAACGCGAUGAGCGGCCGUAACGACAAGCAGAGUAACCCGUCCCUGUUACCGUACGCAAUUUCUCGGACGCCGGCUGGAACGUCGUACAAAAACAUUGGCCACUACGGACAGUCCCAUGUACAAGGCUUCCAGCAGUACGAUUACGGGACGGCCGAGAACCUCGCACGGUACGGCCAGGAGAGGCCACCCAGGUACAACGUGAGCAACAUCGUCGUCCCCUCCAGACUGUACUACGGGAUGAACGAUCUGCUGGCGGUUCCACGGGACGUGGAGCCCCUGUGUGCCGCACUGCCAAACGUGUUGAGCUGCGAUGCCGUGGCAGACCCACUCUGGACGCACUUGAACUUCGUCUGGAGCAAGGAGGCACCCGAGCUCGUCUACAAGAGAGCCAUCGCCGACAUGAAGGAAGCCGUGUUGUCGACCAACGGGUACAGUUAACAAGACGCGUGGAGGGAGGGUGGCUGGAGACCAUAGCAGAAGGCUAUGCAGGAAUGACUUGGGCUGUCCACCGCAUUUUAAAUCUGUGAUAAUUUUUAUAAUAAGGCUCUUUAUUUUGCCUCGAGCGUACACCGGCGUGCGAUAUAAGAUUUGUGUUUGUGUUCUGUGAUAUUUUUAAUAAUAAAGUUUUUUCAACAACCUUCUUGUA